CGGGGGCUGAUGGGAACGCCGUCCGGUGGCCCGCUCUCUCCUUCGGCGGGCGGCGGCGGCGGGAUGCGCGGCCCGGGCUGCGGCAGAUCUGGAAUCUUGUAGAUUGACUCUGCCAGCAUUUGUCCACAAGAGAAGAUGGGUGGAUUAAUCUCAAGAUGGAGGCAGGCAAAGCCUUCCACUGUAGAAGUAUUAGAAAAAAUUGAUAAGGAAAUACAGACAUUAGAAGAAUUUAGAGAAAAAAAUCAGAGGCUACAAAAACUAUGGGUUGGAAGGCUGCUUCUCUACUCUUCGCUUCUUUACCUUAUCACUUGCUUAAUUGUAUAUUUGUGGUGUCUUCCUGAUGAAUGGACAUCAAGGUUGAUUAUGACGCUUCCAUUUUUUACAUUUCCGUUGAUAAUCUGGUGUAUAAGAACACUGCUCAUUUUUUUCUUUUCGAAAAGGACAGAAAGGAAUAAUGAUGCUCUGGAAGAUUUAAAGUCUCAAAAGAAAAAAAUACUUGAGGAAGUGAUGGAGAAGGAAACCUACAAAACUGCUAAAUUAAUCCUUGAAAGGUUUGAUCCAAAACCGACUUCAAAGGAGGCUGAAUUGCCAUCUGCUGGAACAUCUGCAACCCCAAGACCUGGACAAGAAAUACGGCAGAGGACCACAGCCCAAAGAAACGCUUCUACGCCGCCUCCUGCAACUCCUAAACAAGGCUCUCCAAAAUCCCUGGUUCCAGCAUCUCCUAAUCUGAGAGAUGCAUCACCUCUGAGUGGACCUCCAGAAAAAGCUGUUGUGCCACCCUUGCAGUCAAAUGUGUUACCAAGACGCCCUGCAUCCCCUGCUACUUCAGUGCCUGGAAUGGGUCUUCAUCCACCAGGUCCUCCUUUAGCAAGACCUAUUCUUCCUAGAGAAAGAGGAGUUGUGGACAGAGUUAUUGAAUACUUGGUUGGCGAUGGUCCUCAGAAUAGGUAUGCCCUUAUAUGUCAGCAAUGUUUUUCUCACAAUGGUAUGGCUUUGAAGGAAGAGUUUGAAUACAUAGCAUUUAGGUGUGCCUACUGCUUUUUCCUGAAUCCUGCAAGAAAAACUAGACCUCAAGCUCCACGACUUCCAGACUUCAGUUUUGAAAAAAAGCCAUCUACAGAGUUGCAGUCUGAAAUUGAGCCUCUAGAACCUGGAGAGACAAAGCCUCAGGAGACUCAGCAGACAGAAGAACCUGAAGAAGACACAGCCCAGAUCCCUGAUGCAAAUGAGACAGAUGAUAAAGCACCAAGUUCUGAGCAGCUACAUGAUAAGUUGUCUGAAGAAGCUGAGAAAGAAGAAGCAGAGAAGAUUUCAACAGCUGAAGACUCUAUUUCAGGGUCUGUUUCAGCUGAACAAAGUGAAGAAUCUUUAAGGAAAGCAGAAUAAAGUACUUCAAGUGCCUUCUGUAGCUAGUUUUUAGCUUUGUUCAUGCCUGUUGUUACUAUUCAGGUGAGCUUUUUUUAAUGGUACACCUUAAAAAUGUCACUUGAGCUUAAACUGCCUCAACUGCCACAGUAUGUCAAAGCUAUGUAUAGAAAUGGCUAUUAAAUUAAGCAUGUUUAAGUUAACACACGGAAUGUGUAGUUAGUUGAAAUUUAACAGUUGUAUCCAUCGUUCAGUUUGCAUAUUUAAAAAUGUAAAAUUCUAAGCUUCACCAAGGGUGACCUAUAGUUUGACAUCUCUUUAGCUGUCAUGUAGAUAUAAAGAGCAAUUACUGGCAGCAGCUGAACCUAGUAAGUUCAGUUAACCUACUCUACUGAACUUAGAUACUUUUUAAUGCUUCCCUGUUAAAUUGAGUACACUUUAGAUACGCAGAUGUUUACAAGCUGAAGUGUCAUCUGACAUUUGGCUUAAGCAUAUGGGAGUGUCAUUAUAGUGGUUGUAGUGGUAUUCAUUGUCUAACUUUUUGACAGAAUUCAGUUAAAUGGCACUCAGAUAAAUGGCAUCUCCUUUGGUAUUUGCAUUGCAGAUGAACCAGAGGCACGUACAUAUGGAACUGUUUUGUGUUUACAUAAAAUAUAGAAAGUCUCUGCACUUGAUUGUACUUGAAUACAAAGCACUAUUUAUACCUGUACAAUAAUGACAACGUAUAAGUGAAUUUUGUGCCUUUGUGUAUUUUGUUAAAGGAAAAUAAAGACCUC